GUUUGUAGAAACAGUCUGCAUGCCUAGGGGCUUGAUUGUAUACACCUGUGUCCAUGGAGGGGAUUGGAACACCUGAAUCACAUGAUGUGGAGGGGAUUGGAACACCUGAUUGGGAGGGGAUUGGAACACCUGAAUCACAUGAUAUGGAGGGGAUUGGAACACCUGAAUCACAUAAUAUGGAGGGGAUUGGAACACCUGAAUCACAUGAUAUGGAGGGGAUUGGAACACCUGAUUAGGAGGGGAUUGGAACACCUGAAUCACAUGAUUGGGAGGGGAUUGGAACACCUGAAUCACAUGAUUGGAAGGGGGCUUGAUUGUAUACACCUGUGUCCAUGGAGGGGAUUGGAACACCUGAAUCACAUGAUAUGGACGGGAUUGGAACACCUGAAUCACAUGAUAUGGAGGGGAUUGGAGCACCCGAAUCACAUGAUUGGAAGG